AUGUGUCCUAGAGAUGAAUCUCAAGUGAUCCAAAAAAUUGUUGACGCUGCAUUGACAAAAUUGAACCAUACACCUCUACAUGUUGCCAAAUACCCAACUGGAAUUGAAGGAUGUUUACAUGAAUUGAGUACAUUGAUAGAUCUUGGAAAGAAUGAUGUGCGAAUCAUAGGGAUAUAUGGAAUUGGGGGUAUAGGAAAGACCACUAUUGCUAAAGCUGUCUUUAAUAAAUUCACCAAUGAAUUCGAAGGUUCUUGCUUCCUUGCAGAUGUUAGAGACAUGUCGAAGCAACAAUUUGGUCUGGUUCAGUUACAAGAAAUGCUUCUAUUUGACAUCUUGGAAAAUAGAAAUUUGAAGGUUGGAAAUACUCAUAGAGGUGUCAACAUUAUAAGAGAAAGGCUUUGUCACAAAAGAGUACUUCUAGUUCUUGAUGAUGUUGAUGAACUAGGUCAGUUGGAGACAUUAGCGGGAGGGCAUGAGUGGUUUGGCUUAGGAAGUAGAAUCAUCAUCACUGCUAGAAAUAAACACUUACUAACCACUCAUGGAGCUAAUGGAAUAUAUGAGGUCCAGGGAUUGGAUCAUCAAAGAGCUCUUGAACUUUUAAGUUGGAAUGCUUUUAAGAGGAAACAACCUGUAGAUGAUUACUUUGUGCUAUCACAUCGUGUUGUAAACUAUGCCAGUGGCCAUCCAUUAACUCUAGAAGUAUUGGGUUCCUUCCUAUGUGGCAGGACAGAGCACGAAUGGAAAAGUACAAUACAAAAUUUGGAAAAGAAACCGCACAAGAAGGUGUAUGAAAUACUGAAAAUAAGUUAUGAUGCUUUGCAGGCUGAUGAGAAGUCCAUUUUUCUUGAUGUUGCAUGUUUCUUUGUUGGACAUGACAAAGAUUUUGUUAUCCAAGUACUUGGCAGUAGUGAUUUCUGCCCAAUCAUUGGAAUGGGAGUUCUUACAGAUAUGUCUCUUAUAAAGAUUGAGUUCAACAAGCUGAGAAUGCAUCCCUUGAUACAAGAAGUGGGUAAGGAAAUUGUCCGCCAAGAAUCCCUUGAAGCUGGAAAACACAGUAGACUAUGGUCUCUGGAUGAUGUUAUUCAUGUAUUCUCAGAAAAAAAAGGAACAAAUUCGAUUGAAGGCAUUAUGUUAAAGUAUCCUGAACAAAGAACUCUACACUUGAAUGCUAAAGCAUUCAAAGGAAUGAAAAGGCUUCGACUGCUUGCUUUGAGCAACAUAGUCCUUUCUAGCACCAUUGAAUAUGCUCCUAAUGAGUUAAGGUUUGUUGAUUUGCCGGGAUACUCAUUUCCUACGUUUUCUUUCAAUUCUGGUCCCAAAAAACUUGUCAUUCUCAGAAUGCCCUGUAGCCAUAUCCAUGAACUGGGGAAACACUUUAAGAAUUUUGAAAAUUUGAAAGUUGUGAAUUUAAGUCACUCUAAAUCCUUAAGCAAAAUUCCUGACCUAUCAACAGCCCCAAAUCUUGAGAGUUUAAUACUUGACUACUGUACAAGUUUAGUUGAGAUUCAUGAGUCUGUUGGGUAUCUUAGUAGGAUGGUCUGUUUGGAACUUCAAUUUUGCAGUAAGCUGAGGAAUUUUCCAAGGAAUUUGGUGUCAAAAUCUUUUAGAAUACUAAAUUUUCAUGGAUGUUCAAGACUCAAAAACUUUCCUAACAUUGUUGGAGAAAUGAAAUGCUUGACGAGUCUAAGUAUAUCUUGCACUUCCAUAGAAGAGCUGCCUUCCUCAAUUGAGCUUCUAGUAAGCCUUAAAGAGUUAUUCUUAAUCUUCUGUAAAAACCUCGUGCAUAUUCCAACUAGCAUUUAUAAGCUAUCAAAACUUGAAGUGCUUUCUUUCUGUCAUUGCUCAAAACUGUAUAAAUUUCCAAAGAAUGUUCUAAACUUGAAACCUGAUGAACUCUUCCACAGCCCCAAGUUCAUUCCUAAGGUCCAAACAUCAAAUCUAUUUGUGCUUCCCAUGUUAAAGGCCCUUAAUCUUCAAAGUUGUAAUUUAUGUGAAGCAGAUUUCCUCACAAUUCCUGAGAGCUUUCCCAUUCUUAACUGGUUAAAUCUAUCAAAAAACAAGUUUGUCAACCUUCCCUCCCUUUGCAAGCUUUCUAACCUUUCAGAUCUUGAUUUAUCCAACUGUGAACUACUUCGGGAGAUUCCAGAACUUCCAAAAUCCAUAAUGAGAGUAAAUGCAAGUGACUGCAAAUCAUUGGUUGACACUCAUGGUAGGAUCAUGGACACGAUCAUAUCCAAUAACAUGGGAUUCUUAAAGGACUUCGAAUUUGAGAUUGUAAUUCCAGGAGGUGAUAUUCCAGACUGGUUUAGCCAUAAGUGUGAAGGGAAUUCCAUUUCUUUCAUUAUGCCUUCAAAUGUGUCAAAGAAUUUGGCAGGGGUGAUUAUCUGUGCUGUCUUUGAAGCAGCAAGCGAAAGAGUUAAAUUAUCAUUUGAUCAGGAAAUUGACAAGUCUCAUACGUGCUCUGUCUACACUAGAGUUGUCUUUUCUAUGAAGUCGGGGAAUAUGCACCUUUUUUAUCUCCCAGCUGCUAGUCUUAUUUCUCCCUUUAAUACUCCAGUCAAGGAUUUUAGCAUAUACAGAAUUUCAUUUUCUGGCCUUGUGAAAUCCAAAAAGGUUGUCUCUAGGUGUGGGACCCUUGUACUAUGGGAUCAAGAAGAUGACAUCUUGAAUGAUCGAAACUCUCAUUCUUCUCAUGAUCUAGACAAGUUUCAUCAUAAUAUUUCACCGAGUAAAAGAAGCUUUGAUGGUUAUCUUUAUGGAGACCGACACGAUUUUAGUUCGCAACAGAAGAGGCAUUGUGAACCCUGUAGGAUCAAAAUACCAAACACUGAGAGCAUGCAAGAAAAAAUAGCCACCUCCAACCAACGACUUUUUUUGGAAAAAAGAUGGACAAGCAUAAAAAGGCAGAGAAAAAAAAAAGUAGACAGUCCAGAUCCAAGAAGGAAAAGGUUUUGUUGGAAAGUGUUUGAGUUUUCACAAAUGAAAUCCAAAUAUUGUUGAAAAAAAACUGGAAUUUUUAAAGAAAUCCUAGAAUUAUCUGACAAUGCUAUACCAUGGUUGCCUUUCUCAAUUGAGCUUUAUUUUCAAGUUUUACUAGAUAUAGAUAUGUGCUUGUGCAAAGCUUAUGUAUAUAUUUCAACUAGCAUUAAUAAGCUAUUGCAUCUUGAUGUACUUGAUCUUGGUUUUUGUACAAAACUAAUCAAAUUUUCAAUGUGUAGAGUAUUGCCUAUGGUGAACUAUUGAACAA